AUGCCGAAAAACUCCCACGUCCUCCCCUCCAAACCCAUCGAAACCCACCCCGUACCCAAAAAGGCCUUUGGUCGCGUGCUAGAUGACGACCGUCCAAUCGACUACUAUGAGAAUACCGUCCGCGCAGAAGAAGCACAAAAACACGCCGAGGAGCUGGGUCCGAGUCCACCAAAUCGUUCUGCAGCUAGAUAUCCGCCUGACCGUCCUCAUGCGCCUCAUCAGCCUCAGGGUAGAGAAGGGACAACGUCAAGCAAGUAUCGGGGUGUUUCCAAGCAUUAG